CAGACACGCGCUGGUGCACAGCUCCUCCGACUUUACAUAAUUCACACCGCACACUUGUACGGUCUUAGAUUACUCUUUGUCCCUUUUGGCUCUGGAAUGAUGGAGCGAAAUCCGUCUGGCGCGUGUGACACAAACGCUUCAUCCGCCGGCGGUGGAGCCAGCGAGUUUAUGCUGUUCGGGGUUAGGGUGGUGGUGGAUUCGAUGAGGAAGAGCGUCAGCUUGAACAACUUGUCGCAGUAUGAGCAGCCACAGGACUUGAAUAACAACGAUAACGGCAACAUCAGCAAGAACAACAACAAAGAGGAUUCACCUGCCAGUUAUGCAUCCGCAGACGACGCCGUUCAACAAUCCAAUGGAAGUCGCGAGCGCAAGCGAGGAGUUCCAUGGACAGAGGAGGAACACAAGCUGUUCCUGCUUGGAUUACAGAAGAUAGGGAAAGGAGAUUGGAGAGGAAUCUCCAGAAACUUUGUCAAAACUCGCACCCCUACGCAGGUGGCCAGCCAUGCUCAGAAAUACUUUCUCAGGCGAAGUAAUCUCAAUCGCCGUCGACGAAGAUCUAGCCUCCUCGAUAUCACGACUGAUAUGGUUACUGCAAGUUUAAUGGAAGGGGAACAGCCUCAUGGCCAGGAGAACAACAUCAUCAACAUCACUGGAGCCACCACAUCUCAAUCGCAUCCUUUGCCUCCAUCACUAGAAACUGGCAGUUCAAGUGGUUUUACUCCAUUGAAAGCUUUCUCCGUGGGCAUGGCUGCCAAUCCUGUAAUAUCACCUCUCCUUAUCCAUAAUCCAAUGGAAACACUUGCAUUAGGACACAGCAAUCAGGACAGUCUUGUGACGAAAAACCCAAUUCGUCCGAUCCCAAUUAUUCCAGCUCCCCAUGCAUCCACAACAUCUGAUCUUAGCUUGAAUUGGAAUUCCUCCAGUGAUUCUUCAUCUUUGUCGCUCAAGUUGUCUCUGCCCUCAAAUCAUAGAGACUCUUCAACAAGGUACUCCGCUUUUCAGGUGACAUCAAGCCUUAACAGUGGAGAUAGCAUUGUUAGUGUAGCUUGAGAAGUACGGGGAUGAAGAAAGUGCACUCUUAGAUAAGAAUGGAGGUCAAGUAAAAUUAGGUGACCAGAAUUUGAUCCUUUUUAUUUGUUGUACAGACCAGAUAAGAAACUGUCAUGUCUUGGAUUACUUGUUGUUUCAUGCUUGUAUCAUCGUAGAUUAUUGUUGAAUUAUGUUUGUUUUUAGAGUCAUCUGAAACUGACAGUUACUCUGGUUCAUAAAUAUGUUUAUGGCAAGGCAUUAAGUUUUUUAGGUAAAAUAGGAACGUUUCUCUGUUAUGGACAUUACCAUCCAUUAUGUGAAUUUCGACUUGAUUAUA